AUGGUCGAAUCGUAUUAUAAACAAGCAUCGUAUUAUCAAGGUCAAAUUGAACGUUUGUUACCACAAGAUACAUGUCGCUCGGAAAUUGACGAACUAUAUGUCAUAGUAAAAUCACGUAUUCUAAAUCUUCUCGGCAACAGAAGAAGCUCACAAUCACAUGAACAUACAUUUUCAAUGCCUCAAAUGCAGUACAAUCGUUUGCCUAAAUUACGUUUGCCGAGAUUUGAUGGCAAAUAUCUCGAAUAUAAAAAUUUCAUAAACUCUUUCACGAAUCUAGUUCACAGCGAUCAAUUCAUUCCACCUAUUGAGAAGUUCAACCAUCUGUUAUCGUGCCUAUCCGGCGAAGCUUUGUCAACAAUUAAGUCGUUCCAAGUAACUGAAGAAAACUAUGGCAAAGCACUAGACAGAUUGAAAGAGCGGUAUGACAAUGAUACAAUCAUUUUUUUAGAAAACAUUUCAUCUAUUUUCGAAGUGGAUAAAAUUUCUAAGGCUGAUUCUAAACAACUUAGACAUAUCACUGAUACUAUCUCAGCUUUGUACAAUUCGUUACAAUCACUUGGAAGUUUUGAAAAAAUUUGUGAUGCAAUUAUCAUACAUCUUACAAUUACCAAAGUUGAUCAAGAAACUAAAAAGAAAUGUGAUGAAUAUUUAGAUAACUCUAAUCUUCCAUCUUGGAAACAAUGUUGUGCUAUGCUUGAUAAGCGAUGCCAACAACUCGAUGCUCAAACGAGGCAUAGUGUGAAACCGCAAUCAAUUCAAACUUAUCAGCCGCAUUCAUUACAAAAGGUUAGCAAGCCAAAGCAGUAUUCAUUUGCGAUCAAAAAUAUUCCUGAAAGGUCGUGUACAUAUUGUUCCAAAUUAGGUCAUAAUAUUUCUACUUGUAUCAAUUUCAUCGCACUUCCAUUAGAACAACGUCGUGAUCAAGUACAACAGCACCAAUUGUGUUUCAAUUGUUUAUCAAACCUCCACACUGUAUCACAAUGUAGCUCAAAAUAUUCUUGUCGAUUUUGUAAACAACGUCAUCAUACGUUGCUCCACAAACAUGAUUUAAAUACGUUUGUAAAUUCUAACAUUUCAUCAUCAAGAAAUGAUCAACUUAGUAAUCCAGUUACACAUGCUACUUCACAAAAGAGUGUUAAGAAGACAAAUAGUACCAUUAUUUUAGCAACAGCUCUAAUUCUCAUAAAAGAUUCUACCGGAACGUACCAAAUGGGCCGAGCGCUUUUAGAUUCAUGUUCGCAAGUGAAUUUCAUUACCGAUUCUCUAGCACGGGCUCUAAACUUAAAAAGGUCGAGAUCUGAAAUAGAUAUCGUUGGUGUUGGUUCUUCUGUGCUGAAAAUUCAACAUAAUACGCAAACUACAAUUCGAUCUCGGAUAACCGAGUUUGAAACAUCACUAGAUUUUCUCAUUUCAAAGAACAUUAGUAGCUAUCAUCCAGAUAAAGCAUUUUCGUUGAAAGAUUUAAAUAUUCCAUCACAUAUGGAACUUGCAGAUCCAGAAUUUAAUGUCCCUAAAGGUAUUGAUAUGUUACUUGGAGCAGAAGCUUUCUUUUUGUUGUUAACGCAAGGUCGAUUGUCUUUGGGUAAAAACUUACCAAUUUUACAAAAUACUGAAUUUGGUUGGAUUGUAUCCGGAAGGUAUGCUUUGUCACAUAAACCGAUUGAAGCAGUCAGUCAUUGCACCAUCACUUCAAUCGAAGCUUUGAACAAAAAUAUUGAAAAAAUGUGGCAACUAGAAGACGUCUCUAAUAAACGUCAGAAGUGGUCAGAGGAACAAAUCAUGUGUGAACAACAUUUCAUUGAUAAUGUAUCUGUAAACUGUGAUGGAAGAAUUAUGGUAAAACUACCAUUUAAAAAUAGUACAGAUUUAUUAGGUAACUCUAAAGAUAUUGCGUUACGUCGAUUUUAUGCUUUGGAAAAAAAGCUUGAAAAGAAUAUUCAGCUCAAAGAAGAAUAUUCAAAAUUCAUGAAAGAAUACGAAGAAUUGUUACAUAUGUCAUUGAUUCAUAGUCCAAAUUUAUCAAUACCUCAUUAUUAUAUUCCGCAUCACUGCGUGCUGAAGUCAAGUAGUGAAUCAACUAAGUUACGCGUGGUGUUCGAUGCUUCUUUCAAAACGGCAUCACAGGUCUCACUAAAUGACAUCCUUGCAGUGGGUCCUACCAUACAAAAUGAAUUACUCAUUAAUCUGCUACGUUUUCCUUGCCAUAAAUAUGGACUUAUGGCGGACAUAACGAAAAUGUAUCGUCAGAUUAUGGUACAUCAUCAGGAUAGGAAUUAUCAGUUAAUUUUUUGGCGCAAUGACAAGUCGUUACCCGUAUCAACAUACAUGUUAAAUAUAGUGACUUACGGAACUGCUGCUGCUCCAUUUCUAGCUAUACGUAGUUUAUCCUAUGCAGUCGAUACAUAUCCUGGUAACCAUGAGCUUGGAAAAUCAAUAAUAAAAGACGAUUUUUAUGUUGAUGAUAUGUUAACAGGGGCUGAUGAUUUACUUCGCCUUCAACAAAUUAAAAAUGAAGUUAUUGACAUACUUCAAUACUUUCAAAUGCCGUUAUCCAAAUGGCAUAGUAAUCACCCUGAUUUAAAUUGUUCUGCAGCGUGUUCCAUCACUACCAAUAGUGAUCUAACUAGUGCACUUGGUGUAAUUUGGUGUCCAAUUGAUGAUUAUUUUACGUUCAAUUUUAAAUUGAAUGAUUCUUCAAAUACCAUUUCCAAGCGAUCAAUCCUAUCUACAGUCGCAGCAUUAUUUGAUCCAAUGGGGUUGAUUAGUCCGAUUAUUAUAAAGGCUAAGAUACUUCUUCAGAAACUGUGGAUCUUGAAGUAUGAUUGGGAUGACGCAGUAUCUGACACAAUUUCACAGGCUUGGAGAAAAAUUAUCAUCAAUUUUGAACAAAUAUCUACUUUCAAAAUUCCUCGUUUUGUUUUAAUGUUAAAUCCAGUCAGUAUAGAAGUUCAUGGAUUUGCUGACGCUUCAACAAAGGCUUAUGGUUGCUGCAUAUAUUUUAAAUGCACGGAUGCAAUUGGCAAUAUAUGUACCAAACUCCAUCAACUUCAACCUAAUUUCAAAAGGUCUUUUGAUAACGUAUUUUUUUGGACGGAUUCACAAAUUACGUUGCAUUGGAUUCAUACUCAUUCUUCAACAUUAUCAACAUUUGUUGGAAAUAGAAUAGCAGAAAUACAAGAAUUGACUAAUGGCUUUGAAUGGAGAUAUAUACCAUCAGAAUUAAACCCAGCAGAUCUAGUAUCUCGUGGAUGUUCUACGCGAGAUUUAGUUAAGUCCCAAUGGCUAACGGGACCAUCGUUCCUCAACAGUUCAAAAAUUGAUUGGCCUUUAGAAUUUACUUCGUAUUCAUUGACUGAUGAAGAAGUAAAUUUAGAAAGAAAAAAAACGGCAUUUAUAAUUGAAAAUAAACCCGUACCAUACGUUUUGCUUAAAAUAAACAAUAUUAGUAACUACUUAACAUGUUUAAGAGUAAUAGCAUACAUUAUCCGCUUUAAAACUCGAUUGAAAAAUGAAUACAUUUCUGCUACUGAGCUUGACAAUGCUCUUCAUAUAGUAGUGUGGGUAAUUCAACAAUACAGAUUUAGUGAUGAAAUUAAACAAUUGGAACAGGUGGGUCAUGUUAAAGGAAAUUUAGCCACAUUAGCGCCAUUCAUUGAUAAAAGCGGAAAUUGUUUCUUAUUACGUGUUGGAGGUCGUCUAACAAAUGCUGAUACACCAGAAACAUUUAAACAUCAAUUGUUGUUACCAAAGGAUGAACCAUUUGUUCAACAUCUGGUAAUGUACUUUCAUCGGGUUAACUAUCAUGUUGGCCCUCGUGCAUUAGUUGCAACUAUUCAACAACGUUUUUGGAUAAUAAAUUGCAAAUCAUUAGCAACUUCAGUUAUAAAAAAAUGUGUCCAUUGUGCACGAUAUAAAGUCAAACUAAUCAAUCAAAUAAUGGCACCUUUACCAAAGGAAAGGGUUACACCUAGCAGACCUUUCACAGUUACAGGCGUUGAUUUUGCUGGGCCUAUUUUUACAUAUUUAAAAAUUCGUGGUAAAGCACCGUAUAAAUCAUACAUUGCGGUUUUUAUUUGUUUUGCUACUAAAGCAGUUCAUUUAGAGGCCGUUACUGAUUUAACUAGUGAUGCAUUCAUUGCUGCUUUAAAGCGAUUUGUGGGACGACGAGGUUUGCCAAGGAUAAUACAUUGUGACAAUGCGACAAAUUUUGUGGGUGCUGAAACAAAAUUAAUAGAACUUCGAAACCAUUUUCAUCAAGAUUGCAUGAAAAAUGCAAUUAUUUCUCACUGUGCAAAGUCAGGAAUAGAAUUUUCAUUUAUUCCUCCUCGCGCCCCACAUUUUGGGGGUCUUUGGGAGGUUGCUGUAAAAACUGCCAAAGGCCAUCUAUAUCGCACAUUGUCUAACGCUCAUCUUACGUUCGAGAACUUACAACAUCAUUAG